CCGAAUGGGUGGAAGAAUGCGACUUGACUGUGGAGUGGUCCGUGUGGACGUGUGGUGUGUAUGUAUUGCGGAUCAGUCAGGAUAGAGCUGGGAAGAACGCGUUGACCAGUGACUUAUGUGGCACCUUGGCUUCUUUAGAAUAUUGUAUUUGUGUCAAAACUGGCCUGGCAGUGGCAAGCACAACCCACAAGGCCUCGCCAUGCCAGACGAUUGCUGAUGAACCGUAGCUGACUUGACUUGGAUGCAUGUUUUGUAGCUCUGCAGGCAUUCUUGAUGUCGUUGGUCCUUGUUUUGAGUAGAUUCCUGGCUUGAUUACCUUGCUUCGAGCGUAUAUUUCCAGUCUAUUUUCAUCAAUAUAAUAAUAGAAGUUGUUAGAUGGUGAGCUACUUCCGCUGGACCAAUGAGCAAGAGCAAAGCCGUUCAGGCUUGUCGCAGCAUCAACGCGGAUCAAACCCAAAAGUUACAGGCCAAGUUCCAUUUUGAACAGGACCUCUUUGAUGAUAUCAAAAAUUUUGCCAACAAAUGGAGUGCUUUGGAGAAGGAGUAUUCCCAGUCCCUCUCCCGUUUGGCUAAUCAAUUUAAAACGAAGCGGGAGUUACCGGUGACGCCAAUUCUUUCCGAUGAUCUCCUCGAUGCCGAGGAUUUCGAGACUGUAACUGAUGUUUGGAAGCUGACCCUUGAUAAGGUAGAUAACCUUGCAUCAUCACAUCAAACCCUCUCGGAGAAUAUAACAACAGAAGUCGUAGAAACAUGCAAGUCUCAGCUGAAGACACGACCGCCAGAGUCCAAAAAGCUUUUCGAAGUAUUAAAUAAUAUGCACGAUGACCUCUUCCAGUCCACACGCGGUUUGGCAAAGUCCAAGAAAGCCUAUUGUGAACUUGAGCAUGAAGCUGGUCUUUGUCGGCGCAAUGUUUCCGAGAUGCAAGACCGGCUUAGCAACAAGUCACAGCGGCGAUUCUUCGAGUCCAAAGCACAGCUCGAGAAGAAGUUCCAGGGUCUGGAGCAGAAGCUAGAUCUGAGUGAGAAACGCUCAACACAAGCCAGAAACGAGUAUCUACUAUCCAUAGCUAGCUGCAAUGCUGUCAAUGAACUCUUCUACAAGAAUGAGCUCCCGACCUUUAUCGAAUCGUUGGACGGCUCCAUAUAUGAUAAGUUCAAACACUGCCUGGAAUCCGUCGGUCGCAUGACAUCGGAAGCCGCGCAGAAGACGCGCAGUGACUUCGACACCGUAAGCGUGCAGGCGGCGCGCAUCCAGCGGGCCUACAACCACCAGUGCUACCUGUCAACGUGUCCAGUGCUGACGGAUGUAGUCAAGCAUGCCUACACACCGUACAAAGAAGACCCGAUCAACGCCGUGUCCAGAGAGCACGAAGGAGAUGUCAGCCUGACGCUAGAAGCGCGCAAGCUGACGUCGCGUGUGGCCCAGUGCAUGACCCUGGUAGAGACGAAGAGCAAGGAGGCAGCGGCCGUUGCUAACCUGCAGGAAACCUACACCAAGAGUCCAGAGCUUGGCUCAAUAGAGGCACGGAACACCGCUGAUGAACAAGUAUUCGACUUGAAGGAGUCCAUCCGGAAGCUGCACUUUGUGCAGCGCUCGUCAGAGGCACGGCUGGAUGUUAUGCGUGAGGUGGGCAUCAAUGUUGACGAAUGGUUACAGUCAGCGCUGCAGACUGAAAAGAGCCUGGGUGCGCCUAGAGAUAAAUUGGAUAUGGUCAGCUUGCAGGGCUCCACAAGCCCAACGCCGCGUGGCAGUAUGGCGUCGCUGGACCGCAUCGCCGCACGGUCCUUGAGAGAUACCUCGACCGAUAGCUUUGACGAUGAGUUUGACGAAGCGGAAGACGUUUACCCGGGCGAUGUGGUAGACCCGGACACGGUCAGCGAAUUCUCUACGUACGUUGCAAACGCCGUACGCCGUGCCAAUGUUCUCUACGACUACACGGCGCAGACUGACGAAGAGCUCUCCGUGCUCACCGGCCACGAAGUCACUGUCGUUCUCUCGUCGGGUGAUGGCUGGGUCAAGGUUGUAACUGCUGCAGGUGCAACAGGUUACAUUCCUGAGACCUACAUCCAGGAGGUUACCCCCAGCCGGCUAGGGCCGUCCGUGUCUAGGUCGGCUGUUCCAAUGUUUGAGGAGUUCCAGAUAGCAACUCCACCGAUAAAGUCACACCUCAGGUCGGCCUCUCCGGAUGCCUGUGAUCAGACUCUUGUCGCCGAUAUGGAUGCGGAUGCACAAGCCGCGGAUCAUUGUGCAGCGGCGCCAACAGACGUUGAUGUCACACUGGUGAAGAGCCUGUAUUCAUACGAAGCCAUGGAGGCCGAGGAGCUGUCGUUUGAGGCCGGCGCCAUCAUCCGCUUACUGCGUAAGGACGACGGCGUGGACGACGGCUGGUGGGAAGGUGAACUGAACGGCGCCGUCGGCGUUUUCCCCUCGGUUGUUGUGGAGGAGCUGUCGGCCGAAGAGACGGCUCAAGCACUUGCAACCACAUCUGACCCAGAUCAAACUCCUAUAGUGGAGCGAGCAGACCCGUUUGCAGUCGAGUUGCCGACGGGUGGAUCUGCCGCAGCCUCCACCAGCGUCACUGCCACCACCACUGCCUCGUUCCCUGAAGAUGACUAUGUGUAGUCCAGCCUGCCAUUCCGUCAUCGGGUCAGUCAAGCUUGUGUGUGCGUGUGUGUGUGUGUGUGUGUGUGUUUGCGGGUGUGUUUGCGGGCGUGUGUGUGUGUGUGUGUGUGUAUAUAUGUAUGUGUGUGUGUGAGAGAGUGUGUGCGUGUGUGUGAGUGUUUGCAUACAAAGUGUACAUGUUUUUGAUUUUCAAUGGCAUCUGUGCUUUUACUUCCAAGUACUUUGUAUAUGCCCCCCCCCCCCCACACACACACACCCUGCCUGCCUGCCUGCCUUUACUGCUUUGCCGGAUGGAACCGGAACCGGCUAUGUUUUGCUCAGCGUUUAGCUUUGCUGAGCGUAAUUUAUAAAUUUUUCUUACCCUGCUCUAUUUUUGUUGCACCGGUGCUAUUUCUGGCGCUCAGGGCUGGCUUUCUUCGUCUGCUCUCGGACAGACGAAAUUAAAGCAGUGCCGGUCUCUUUUUCUCUUCUUUUCUUGGCUGCUGCUACUACCAGUACUUUACCAGCUUAGGUUUGAGUUUUAUCAGAGUCUAUGCUAGGUGUGAAAUGUGAAUGCCUUCGCUUGCGUUGAUGUGCUGUCGGUUUGUCCAUGAAUGUCUCCCCGGCUAGCCGGCGUAUGAUGAUAUUUGGAGCAGGGUCUCCCCCAAUGUUUGUGCUGUUAUCCGCGCUCGUGUUUACCGACCUGCUUGUCUCGACAUACCCGCACUUCCAUGUCAGCUGAGCAAUGGAAUGUGUGUAUCGUUCUCAUGCUCUCAGAACUUUAGUUAGAGCGUCUAGAAAGUGGCCUUUUCUAUCUCUUCA